AUGAUUUUCUUACCUUUCUGGUGGACCUUGUUGGUGCUCUAUGGUCUUGGUUCCGCCUUAGAGGCCAAGGACGCAAAGCAACAGCUGAAGGAAGGAAGCAAAAUCAACGACUUUUCCCAAAUUAUAGUACAAAAAUCUAAGGAUACCAAUAGUGCUAACACCCAGAUCCGCUCAGAGAACCAGCCAUACAAGCAGAAGGAUGAAGCUGUUGACCAGGAUAACACAUCAAUGAAGUGCCCUGCAAUUCCAGAUGAACCCGAGGACAACUACAAGUUCUAUAAAAUGGAUAAAAUGGAACUAAGCGACAGGUUCCACAAGGUACUGUUUGACAGACUGCCCGAAGAACUUACGGAUAUUGUCUUUGAGUUAAUUUACAAUGAUACAGCGUUUGAACAAGUACUGUCCGUGCUAGAGGGAAAUCUCAAGACCCGGAAGCAGAAGUUGAGGCUCCAGGUGGAGGAAGGUGACAACUACUGCAAGAUUAUGACUAAGCAAAAGUGCUGCCGGAACAUCAAUCCUUUGGUUCCACGUCUUCAGGAAUUCUACGACAUAAUUUUGAAGACGGCUGACCAGGAACAGAAAAUUCGUAAGGAGAGACAGAAUUCUCUAUGGAUUUUGGCCAAAAACUACACCAAUAGGACCAGCCAGCAACAGAAUCUGACGAUUGGGAAUAAGCUAGCGGAGACUGCAGUUCACGAUGAGCUCUAAACCAAGAUGAUGAACUAGCGGUGCAGCUUGUUAAGGAUUAAUUGGACGAACCACUAUCUAGGGAUCUCUUAU